AUGCCAUCCAUCCAAGAGAAUGACUUCCCCGUCGAAUCAUGUACACCCGACAGUGCUGUUGACAAGAAAAACACAUCACCGCCGGCACCAUCAACGCCAGAAAAGGUGGCCAUGGACGAGCCGUUCCCGUUCUUUGGCUUGCUUUGCUACGCUGAUGCACUAGAUUGGAUGUUCAUGGUGUUGGGGACCAUGGGCUCCCUUGUGCAUGGCAUGGCGCCUUCGAUGUCCUAUUACAUACUCGGGAAAACUGUUGAUGCGUUCGGGAACAACAUAAACGAUCUGAACGCCAUGGUCCAUGAAUUUUCUAAGUUAGUUCCAUAUAUGUGGUUCUUGGCACUUAUUACACUCCCUGCUGGAAUAAUUGAAAUCGCAUGCUGGAUGUAUACAAGUCAAAGACAAAUGACACGCAUGCAGAUGGCAUAUCUGACAUCAGUGCUCAGUCAAGAUAUCGGAGCUUUUGACACUGACUUAACCACCGCGACUAUCAUGGCUGGAGCAACCAACCACAUGAGUAUCAUAAAAGAGGCAAUUGGAGAGAAGAUGGGUCACUUUAUGUCCAACUUCUCCACAUUCUUAGUUGCUGUCAUUAUUGCCUUUGUGUGUUGCUGGGAGGUGGGUAUGAUGGCAUUCUUGGUAGUUCCGAUGCUCCUCAUGGUUGGAGCAACAUAUGCGAAAAUGAUGGUUGGCAUGUCGGCGACAAGGAUAGCUUUGGUCUCUGAAGUAACCUCAGUUGUAGAACAGACUAUUUCACAUAUCAAGACCGUCUUCUCAUUUGUUGGAGAAAACUCGGCAAUGAAAUCCUUCAUCGAAUGCAUGGACAAGCAAUACAAGCUAGGCAAGAAAGAGGCAAUUACAAAAGGACUAGGUUUGGGAAUGUUACAGAUUGCAACCUUCUGUUCAUACUCAUUGACCAUCUAUAUUGGAGCAUUGGCAGUAACUAGAAGAUCUGCAAAAGGGGGUGAAACAAUUGCUGCAGUCAUUAAUAUCCUCUCCGCUGCGAUAUAUCUCUCAAACGCCGCGCCGGAUCUUCAGACCUUCAGCCAAGCAAAAGCUGCUGGUAAAGAAGUAUUUAAGGUUAUCAAAAGAAAACCAGCGAUAAAUUAUGAAUCAAACGGAAGAAUCUUAGAAAAGGUCACUGGACAUAUUGAAAUAAGAGAGGUGGAUUUCACAUAUCCGUCCCGUAAAGACAAGCUAAUUCUUCAAGGUUUCACACUAGUUAUACCAGCAGGCAAAGUGGUGGCUCUUGUGGGGAGCAGUGGAUGUGGGAAGAGCACUGUGAUUUCAAUGGUUCAAAGAUUCUAUGAUCCUAUAUCAGGUGACAUUACUGUUGACGGUCAAAACAUUAAGGAACUUGACCUGAAGUCCCUGAGGAGAAAUAUAGGCUCAGUCUCUCAAGAACCAGCACUAUUUUCUGGUACUAUCAUGGAUAACUUGAGAAUUGGAAAACUGGAUGCAACUGAUGAAGAGAUAAUUGAAGCAGCAAAAACAGCUAAUGUGCACUCUUUCAUAUCCAAACUUCCAGAUCAAUACUCGACUGAGGUAGGAGAAAGAGGUGUGCAACUAUCAGGAGGUCAGAAACAGAGAAUAGCUAUUGCAAGGGCUAUACUAAAAGAUCCCCCCAUUCUUCUUCUUGAUGAAGCCACAAGUGCACUUGAUUCAGAAUCAGAGAAGCUAGUUCAGGAUGCUCUUGACAGAGCUAUGAAAGGGAGGACUGUUAUCUUUAUUGCCCACAGAAUGUCAACAAUAAUAAAUGCAGACAAGAUUGUUAUUGUGGAGAAUGGGAGAGUAGCUCAACACGGAACACAUGAAGAAUUGUUGGAGAGAAGUACAUUCUACUCGAGUGUAUGCAGUAUGCAAAGUCUAGAAAAGAAAUCCAGCAAGAGUGAAGACAGAUUUACUGAUCAGGUCGAAGAAGAACAAGACAGUGCAACGUAUAAAGAACAAUCUUUUGCUGCAUAUGAACAAGAGAAGAAACCAGAACCGACCUCAAAGCAAUCGAAGCAAAGUAUCAGAAAGAGAACGUCUGCUUUCAACAGGAUAUUCCUCGGAACUUUUAAACUGGUGCCAGGAAAGGUUCUGGUGGGCUCCACAGCAGCAGCAAUCUCUGGGAUCUCAAGGCCUCUAUUUGCUUUCUAUAUCAUGACAGUUGGCAUAGCAUACUUCGAUGCAGAUGCAAAUAAAAAAGUCAGCAAGUACUCGAUUAUUUUGUUCCUAAUAGGGACGUUAACAUUUUUCAGUAACAUCUUCCAGCACUAUAUCUACGGCCUGGUCGGCGAAAGGGCAAUGAAUAACCUAAGGGAGGGCCUGUUUUCAGUUGUUCUUCGAAGUGAAAUAGGUUGGUUCGAGGAACCAAAAAACAGUGUUGGCUUCCUGACCUCACGUGUUGUCAGUGACACCUCCAUGGUAAAAACGAUUAUAUCUGAUCGAAUGGCUGUCAUGGUUCAAUGCAUCUCUUCAAUUAUUAUAGCAACAGCGUUAAGCACAGCAGUGAACUGGAGGAUGAUGGGUCUAGUUGCAUGGGCUAUGAUGCCAUGUCACUUCAUCGCUGGCCUUGUACAGGUCAGGUCAGCAAAAGGUUUUGCCACUGACAACUCUAAGUCUCACCGGAAGCUCAUCUCACUCACUUCAGAGGCUGUUAGCAACAUCCGCACUGUGGCCUCUUUUGUUCAGGAAGAAGAAAUACUCAGGAAAGCAGAUUUGGCAUUGCAAGAACCGAUGCGGAUAAGCAGGAUUGAGAGUAUCAAGUAUGGUGUGGUACAGGGGAUUUCCCUCUGCUUGUGGCAUAUGACACAUGCUAUUGCAUUGAGUUAUACCAUUGUGCUACUUGACAGGAAACUAGCAACAUUUGAAAACUGUGUACGAUCAUACCAAGCAUUUGCAAUGACAAUACCUUCCAUCACAGAGCUAUGGUCCUUGAUCCCUAUGGUCAUGUCCGCCAUUGCGAUAUUGGAUCCUGCACUAGACAUUCUUGACAGAGAAACACAGAUUGUGCCGGAUGAACCAAAAUUGAACUGUGAGGACAGAAUUGUAGGUAAUGUUGAGUUCGAAGAUGUUAGUUUCAGCUAUCCCUCGAGACCAGAAGUGAUCAUACUAGAUGGAUUCAGUCUAGCUAUCGAAUCAGGCCAAAGGGUCGCAUUGGUUGGGCCAAGUGGUUCGGGAAAAUCCACAGUGUUGGCUCUGCUGCUAAGAUUCUACAAUCCUUGCAGCGGCCGGGUACUUAUAGACGGUAAGGACAUCAGAGGCUACAACCUCAAGAGCCUGAGAAAGCAGAUAGGACUGGUGCAGCAAGAGCCAAUCUUGUUCAACCUGUCUAUAAGACAGAAUAUCAGCUAUGGAAAUGAAGGCGCAUCAGAAACAGAAAUAGUGGAGGCCGCAAUGGAGGCAAACAUCCAUGACUUCAUAAGCAGCCUGUCAAAAGGGUAUGAUACUGUGGUCGGGGACAAAGGAAGCCAACUUUCCGGAGGUCAAAAGCAGAGGAUAGCUGUGGCAAGAACUAUACUGAAGAAGCCCGUCAUACUGCUACUAGAUGAGGCGACAAGUGCUCUAGAUGGUGAAUCUGAGAGGGUGGUAAUGAACACCCUCAGUGCAAAAGGGUGGAAAAACAAGGGUGAGCUCUCAAGCAAGAUCACAAGUAUCACGAUUGCCCACAGGCUGUCCACAGUCACAAACGCAGAUGUAAUUGUCGUGAUGGACAAAGGUGAGGUGGUAGAGACGGGUAGCCACGCAACAUUAGUCUCAGCAAGCAAUGGUGUUUACUCGAGACUGUACAAUAUGCAAAUCAAAGCAGGGAAAGACUGA